GUUCAGAAAGUGUUCGCUCAAAUCGCAGCUGGUCUAGCUCAUAUGCACUCUCAUGGGAUGUCACACAACGACAUAAAAGAAGAGAAUACUUUAAUUUCCAUCAAGGGCGAUCAUAUCCAAGCAGCGCUGUGUGACCUGGGCCAUGCACGAGUGACCAGAACCCGAAAAGAGCCAAUCACCCGGCUUUACAUUAUAUAUGGAACCGCUGCUAUGACUCCACCUGAGAUGCAACCCAAUUACCGAUUGCGACAAAAAGCUCUCAACGCUUCCUCCUCUCCUAAUCCGGAAUUCGUUAAAUUUCAGGGCUUUGAAGCUGAUGUAUAUGCUCUAGGUUUGGUCCUUCAUAGUAUGAUUUACGGUAGACUACCUGAUGAA